GCGGGGCGUGGGCCGGGCUAGCUCGCCGCAGCUGCUGCGCCCCCCUCGCGGACCCGGGCCCGCGGACCGGGAUACCGAGGAGGACGCCCGCCGCGCCCGGCCCAAGCCUCGAGGAGCGGGGCGCAGAGCAAAGGGUCCGGGCGCGGGCGGCGGGCAGUCACCAAGGAUCCCAGCCUGGGCCGGCCGAGUGUGAACUGCCAUGGGCUCCAUUGGAAGCCAGCGCCUCAAGGAGCCCUGCGUGGCAGCCACAUCUGGCCAGAGUGUGGUAACAAGCUUUAGCUUUGACAACUUCCAGCUGGAGACGACAGCAGAGGGGGCUCAGGAUCCAGGCAUCAGAGUCAGGGGUGUCCCCACUUUCACAGACUCUGCAGUAGAAGAACCUGUGCCAGACGACCGCUACCAUGCCAUCUACUUUGCCAUGCUGCUGGCUGGCGUGGGCUUCCUACUGCCAUACAACAGCUUUAUCACCGAUGUGGACUAUCUUCACCACAAGUACCCAGGGACCUCCAUCGUGUUUGACAUGAGCCUCACCUAUAUCUUGGUGGCACUGGCAGCUGUGCUCCUAAACAACGUUGUGGUGGAGAGGCUGAACCUGCACACUAGGAUCACCACAGGCUACCUCCUCGCCCUGGGUCCCUUGCUGUUCAUCAGCAUAUGUGAUGUGUGGCUUCAGCUCUUCUCUCACGACCAGGCUUAUGCCAUCAACCUGGCUGCCGUGGGCACUGUGGCCUUUGGUUGCACAGUGCAGCAAUCUAGCUUCUAUGGCUACACGGGACUACUGCCCAAGAGGUACACGCAGGGCGUGAUGACUGGAGAGAGCACGGCAGGGGUGAUGAUCUCUCUGAGCCGAAUCCUCACUAAGCUGCUGCUCCCGGAUGAGCGGGCCAGCACCAUCAUCUUUUUCCUGGUGUCUGCCGGCUUGGAGCUCCUGUGCUUCCUGCUGCACUUGCUGGUGCGGCGCAGCCGUUUUGUGCUCUAUUACACCACUCGGCCCCGUGACAGCCGCCCCGUCCGGGCAGGCUACCGAGUGCACCAUGAUGUCGCAUCAGGAGACAUUCACUUUGAGGAGCACCAAACUCCAGCCCUGUCCAGCAGCAGGUCCCCGAAGGACAGCCCAGCCCAUGAGGUGACCCACAGCAACAGUGGGGUCUACAUGCGUUUUGAUGUGCCUCGGCCGCGAGUCAAACGGAGCUGGCCCACCUUUAGAGCCCUGCUGUUGCACCGAUACGUCGUGGCGCGGGUCAUCUGGGCCGACAUGCUGUCCAUUGCGGUAACCUACUUCAUUACACUGUGCCUGUUUCCUGGCCUGGAGUCUGAGAUCCGCCACUGCGUGCUGGGGGAGUGGCUGCCCAUCCUGGUCAUGGCUGUGUUCAACCUGUCAGACUUUGUGGGCAAGAUCCUGGCAGCCCUACCUGUGGACUGGCGGGGCACUCAUCUGCUCGCCUGCUCUUGCCUGCGUGUGGUCUUCAUCCCCCUCUUCAUCCUGUGUGUGUACCCCAGCGGCAUGCCCGCCCUCCGCCACCCUGCCUGGCCCUGUGUCUUCUCGUUGCUAAUGGGCAUCAGCAAUGGCUACUUUGGCAGUGUGCCCAUGAUCCUGGCAGCUGGAAAAGUGAGCCCCAAGCAGCGGGAGCUGGCAGGAAACACCAUGACUGUGUCCUAUAUGUCGGGACUGACCCUGGGCUCUGCUGUGGCCUACUGCACCUACAGCCUCACCCGUGAUGCCCACAGCAGCUGCUUUCAAACAGCCAGCGCCAACGACUCCAUCCCUGUCGGCCCCUGAGCCAGGCCCACCCGAUCCUGCCCCUCUGCCCAGGAAGGGCUGCUUGGGCCAGUUACUCCAAGGCCUGAGGACCCUCCCACCCCUGCCUCAGUGCCUGCAGGGUCCUGGCCACCUCCUAAGCCACUAACGCCACCUUGCCACCUUGUCCCAGUUGCCCAAAGCAGCUGGAACUUGUCUUCACCCCCAGGGCACCGCCUCCCCGUGUCCCGUGUUUGGUCAGACACCUGCCCUUCACCCUCUAUGUCCAGAGGCUCAACAUUUGUCACACAUCAUGGUGGGGUUACUCAGCCUCAAAUCCACUGGGAAUGGCUGACUCCCUUUAGUGUGACCCCACUGUGGGGUCUCAUGGUCUUUAAUGUAGUUUUCAUUUACUGGACAGGGGGCACCUCCUUGUAUUAGAAAUCUUGGAGGAAAGUCCCCAACCCCAUUCUGUCCCUUUCUUGUUCUUAGACGCUUCUUCACAACCCUCCCCCCGUCCCCAUACACAUAAAGCAUUAAGUCUGGAAAACUCAUUCCUAGGUCUACACAGGCCUCCUGUAGUCAUAGCAACCAAGCUGACCUGGGUGCACUCACCUUAGGUGGAGGACUUCCCCCCCCACCUUCUCCCUUAGGGCACAGGCUAAGGGCCACGGCUCACAGGGAUGUCCCAUUUCCUUCUAGCUCCAUUCAACUUAUCCAUAAUGCAGGGACAGCUGAGAUCCACUCAUGACCUAGGCCACCCCACUCCCGUCCACCAAGAGUCAAGUACUAACAUGACACACUUGAAACACUGGCAAAAGCUGCAAGGUGAGGAGUGGAGGCGUGGGUGCCAGGAUCGGCUGUAGGGCCUCCUGCCAAAGAGAGCUUUUGCUGAGCCAGGGCACUUACCUCUCCACACACUGUGGCCCCAGCUGUGACCACCCCAUACCAAUCCCUGCUGUGUCCUGUCUACCUGUGUGUUCUCUGACUACCGCACUGGCCAUUAAAGAUGGCAGAGACUGCCCACUGCU